AUGUACGUUAUUUGUAAACUGCUCUAUAUAGCCAUUUUUGCGCUACUCUCUGCUGCUCCACCUUAUUUACCCCUCUAUUACCACGACGUCCUUAAUUUCUCGUCUGAUCAAAUUGGCCUUGUGCUGGCUAUUGCUCCCUUUAUUCAAUCCGUGGCAUGCCCGUUAUGGACAUAUAUUGUUGACAAAAAACCAACGUUACACGGCCCCAUCAUGGCCAUCACAAGUUUUCUGGGCGGUUCUGCUGUUAUUGGGAUUAUGAUCAUCGGGCAUUCCGUUUCAUCAGAAGUGGUGGUACCAAAAACACUCGACCUGCUGUCCAUGCAGCUCUCCAACGCCGCCUUGGUCACCAUCACAUCUGCUUUGGCUUUGACGUUUGCCUUCUUUACGUUGCCCAACAUGUCCCUUGUGGACAGCGCGGUCAUGAAGAUAUUGGGCCCAAACAAGAUUCUAUACGGUGAACAGCGGUUAUGGGGAUCUGUAUCUGCAGGUUUGACUAUUCUACUGGUGGGCCAGCUAUUGUCCAUGACAGGCAACUUUGACAUGCUGUUCUAUGUGUUUGGAACAGCAACGGCGCUUUUCAUGGUAUUUUCAUGCUUUGCCAAGGUGAAUGAGCAAGAUGUGCAAUACAUUCUUGUACCUGAAACCUCACAUGAGCCCUCCUUGGAGCAUGUUUUGAGCCAUCACACAGCCACUGGCAGAAAACUGGUCCCUGUGACCACAGACACAUCAGAAAAACUGCUCAACGCUCGUGUGCCCGUCAACAACUACAACAGCAUCUCAUCCGACAGCAACAACCACAGCAACAGCCAUUACGUGGAUCUAUUCAAAACAGCCAGCAUUGCCUCUGCUCAUACCAUCCGUGAGGAAGCAGAUGAAACUCUAGAUGUGAUCGGUCACCUUGACCUCGGUUUGUCUAUUUCUCGUAUUGCUUCCAUUGAUCAGUCCAUGGCUGCAGGUCUCCAGGACAUUUCCACAGAAGGCAUCCCGACUGCCAAGAACGUGAUCAAAUCUGUGCGCGUUUUGAGUUUUCUGGUGGCUACACUCCUGUUUGGUUUUGUCCUGUCCGUCAUUGUCAAUUUCCUGUUCUUGUUCCUGAGUCGAGAUUUGCACAUGCCCGCAAACUGGAUCGGCUGGACUGGACCUACCACAGGUAUCACUGAGCUCUUGUGCUUUUGCUUCUCCAAACAAUUGACUGAAAUAUGUGGUGUGACAAAUAUGAUCUUGAUCGCCCAUGUGGCCACUAUUGUGCGUUGCUUAAUGUAUACAAUCCUGGUACCUGAUUCAACUUUCACCAAUGUCAGUGCUCUGGUCCUGCAAACACUGCAUGGUGUGGGUUUUGGUAUCUUUUGGGCAACGGCAGUGAGUGAAAUAGAUGGCUUCUUUCCUCCUGAACAGAGAUCAGUUGCACAAGGUAUUUUAGGCGCCCUUCAUUUUGGCCUAGGCACAGGGUUGGGUGCACUUGCAGGAGGCUACAUGUACGAGUAUCUGGGAGCUGUUGUUAUGUUUCGGGUUGUAGCUGCUGUUGCAGCAUUUAAUAUGGCCUUGUUUUAUACAGGAAGAUUAAGUAGAUUUCAAUAG